UAUCAUCGCACUUUUUAAUAUAUCAGAUUAACCUCUCCUCUCUAUUAGGCUUCGCUCUGCGAGGCGAUUUUGACAAUCUCUCUCUAAAUUGGAAAGGAACAUGUGAGUCCUCAUUAUCCGAUUGCAGUUUCAUUUCAAUUUUUUUGUUAGUGAUUGCUCGCGAGUUGCGAUCCAUGUAUGAUUGCAGGGUGCCAAUGGAUGAAAUGAAAGGCAACGAUGCUUGUAGCUCCAUGCCAAAAACUAAUAAUGGCAAUAUUGAAGAUGAAAUGGAGAAAGAACAUAAGAUGGACGAGAUGAAUGGUGGUAAGAGUGGCAUUAUUGGGGUUGAGAUAGCUUCCUCUGAGAUAAUGAAGGCAAAUGAUGAACAACCAUUUCUUAUUCCUAAUCCUAGUGGUUUUGAGAGUGAACAAUUCAUGGAAGAAGUUGAUAUGCUUAUUGGAGAAGCGGAGAAAGAAAAUAUGUAUGCAGAGAUGAAUAAUGAUAAGAUUGGUGAUAUCGAGGUUGAGAUUGUCUCCUCAAAGUUCGUGAACGUGAAUGGUGAAGAAUCAAUAUUUUUUCCCUGUGGCGAAGAGAAUGAAGAGCUUACAAGAGAAUCUAAUGUAGUUAUCAUGCAUGAAGAGGAGGAGCACUCAAUGGAAAUGUUGAAUGAUGAAGAGGAUCCUAAUGAAGAUUUGGAAUAUCAAGAAGAGGCAAAAGAAGAGGUGAAUAAUGAAGAGGAUCCUGAUGAAGAAUUGGAACAUAAGGAAGAGGUGAAAGAAGAGGUGAAUAAUGAAGAGGAUCCUGAUGAAGAAUUGGAAGAAGAAGAAGAGGCAAGACAAGAGGUGAAUAAUAAAGAGGAUCUUGAUGAAGAACUGGAACAAGAAGAAGAGGUAAGACAAGAGGUGAAUAAUGAAGAACAAGUUGAAGUUACUUCCAAGAAGAAAGUAGCUAAGUCGAGGAAGAAGGGGAAAAAGGGCUUAAAGAAGAAAAUAACUUUAAGAUCUAUGAAUAAAGUGAUUGUCAAGGAUACAACUGAUCAAAAACCUUCUAGUGAGAACAACCUUCAAAUGAUGAUGGAGUUGAAUGACAAUGCAAAAAUUGAUGAGAAAAUGGUGCAUGAAGGAAAUAUAAAAGAACAAGUGAAGGAUGGAGAACGAGUGGAAGAUGUUUCUCAAAAGAAAAUAGGUAAAUUGAAGAAAAAGAAGAGGGAAGACUUGAAAAAGAAGAUAGCUCGAAUGGGUGUGAAUGAAGUAACUGUCAAGGGUAUGAAUGGCAAAGAACCUAUAAACAAAAAGGUAAAAGAUGCUAAGCUUAUGGGCAUGAUAUUUAUGUGUAGUUCUAAGACAAAGCAAGAUUGCUACCGUUACAAGGUUUUAGGUUUGCCUGCAAAUAAAAGAGAGAUUGUUCUAAAGAUUUGUGAGGGGAUGAAGUUGUUCUUGUUUGAUUUUGAUUUGAAAUUGUUGUACGGGAUCUAUAGAGCUGCGGGACCUGGGGGUUACAAUAUCGAACCAAUGGCUUUCAAUUCUGCAUUCCCUGCCCAGGUGCGGUUCAGUGUUUUUGAGGACUGCUUGCCAGUGCCAGAGGAGAAGUUCAAAAAGGUUAUCAAAGACAAUUACUACAAGAAGAAUAAGUUCGAUUUUCAAUUAACAUCAGAACAGGUGAAGAAUUUGUGCAAGCUUUUUCAAGCUGCCAGUACCAAGUCGAAACAAUUGCGUAGAAAUCCUAAAGCACAGACUCAUAAAUUUACAGAACGAGACUGGAAUAAAAAGCAUCAUCACAGUGCAGAAACCCAUACAUUGACAGCAGAUCAGAACAGGACCAGGAAGCGUCGUAAGCAAGCAGAAAUCCAUGCUUCUGUAGCUUGGGACCGGAGUAGGAAGCGUCAUAGGCAGGCAGAAACCCAUGCAUCUGUAGAUUGGAACCGGAGUAGGAAGCCUCAAAAGCAAGGAAAAAUAAAUACAUCUGUAGAUCGGGACUGGACUAGAAAGCGUCGUCCUGCUGCAGAAACUCAUAGAUUUUCUGAUCGGGACAGGACUAGGAAGCGACAUCCUGAUGCAUAUGAAAGGGAAACUUAUGUGUCCCCUGUUGCACCGCUGCCAUCACGCCCACCUUUACCCCCUCCAUCAUCCCUUGCUUUCCCUCCACGGUUAUAUGCUUAUGAAGGGACAUCGGAAAUGAUGAAUAAUUAUAGAAGGGAUACACUUACUGAACAUCAAGACAUGCGAUAUAGAGAUUUGGAGCUGAGGCGUCAUAAGCAUGUUGAACACACAAGGGACUCAUUCCAUGAUCAUCAUGAUGGACGGUUUUUAGAUUCAGAAUUGAGGCAUCAAGGAGAGACUAAACACCGUGAUCCAUAUCCACCAUAUAGGGACUAUCCUUUGCACCGUGGUCUCUCAUAUUCUGUUGCUCAGCCAUUGGACUACCAUUCCCACUCGAGGACAUCCCUUCAUUCUACAGCCCCAGCUUAUAGUAUAGAUCUAUAUGACCGUUAUGGUGGUAAGAGAUCCUGGUACUGACAACAGGAGAUUCCUGGAAGUAUGAAAAUGAGUAGAAGCAACAUUGGGUUUUGUGUUAUUAACAUAAGCUUGCUUGAGGCAGAGGCUGAUGUUAAUGAAAUUUUCAGUCUUUUCAGUAUCCAACUAACUGUGAACUCUGUUUACUUGAUUUCAGUGUGUCAAUUGUACUUAAAUUUUGGUAUAUAAGAUCUUUGCUAGAGAAUAUUGAUUUGUUGACCCUUGAUUCAUGAAUGAAGGCUGAGUUUGGUAA